AUGUUCAGCAAACUUUUAGCUUUUGGUGCCUUGUUGGCAGCGGCGCAUGGCUAUGGGCAUGCCAUUUCAUCCCAGAGCAUAGUGCGCCAGGUAGGAGCCUACGCACCUCUGGGACAAUAUGCGGGUCUAUAUGCAGCCCCAUAUGCCGUACCAUACGUAGCCAAUUACGCCGUACCACUCCCUUAUGCUGCCCCCGUAGCCUACGCUAAUCAUGAUGAGGAAGAAUAUGAUGGUCACGACGAACAGGCUCAUCCCAAAUACGACUUUGCCUAUUCUGUGUCCGACCCACACACUGGUGACCAUAAAUCGCAGCACGAGAGUCGCGACGGUGAUGCUGUUCACGGCAGUUACUCCCUGGUUCAGCCUGAUGGUUCUGUCCGAGAAGUAGAAUAUACUGCUGAUGACCACAACGGUUUCAACGCCGUGGUACAUACCUCCGUUGUACAUCACGAACCUGCCUACCAAUAUUGA